AUCAUUUAUAAUUUUUUUAUUGCUCAUUGUUAUUUAAACGAAUAAUCAUCGCCGUUUGUGAAGUGCGUCCGUCGUCUUCUUUGGUUUUUCUUGUGUGCUGUGGAGAAAAUAUUAAAGAAAAUAGAAGCGAAAAAAAACUAUUUGGAAUUUAUUAAAAACGCAAAAAACUUAUAAUUUAUUUUAUUACUAGAAUUUUACGCUAAAUUAAAGCAGAAAACAAAUUAAAGAAAAUUUUACGUCCUCUUAAAACUGUGAAAUUUUGCUGUAGUAAAGCAAAUAGAAAUAAAGUGAAAAUAUAUACUGCGAAUUAAAUUUUGUUGGUCAAAAUGUUUCAUAAUAAAUUAAUUACUUUGGCCAUAUUAUCAACGGCCUGCUUGCUAACAGCCGCUCAAAUGAGUGUUAAUUUAAGUGGAGCUGUGCCACCCUCAACAGUUGUACCCACCCAACACACUGCACCCACUACAACAGCUAGCACUACAACCACCACCACCACUACCACUACUACUACGGCUGCUCCUACCACCACAACUACUACGACAACAGCAAAACCCACGACAACUGUAGCACCCACAACCACUACAGCUGCUCCCAUAACGACCACAACACCAGCACCCAAACCUUAUCCAGAACCAGAAAUUGGAACCUGGAACUCCAGUUGUGUAAUGGUACGAAUGGCAGCUCAAUUGAAUUUCACUUACGAUACCAAAGAUAACAAAACAGCCUUUGCUUUGUACAACAUCCCCAAGGAUUCCAAAGUUGAAGAUAUGAGCUGUGACAUGAAUUCGACACAAUUUUUACAGGUCAAUUGGGGACCAAUCACUGCUCAACACACUAUGGUUUUACAAUUCGAUCGUGUUAAUGGCACCACCAACAUGACCAUGAUGAUGUUUACUUUACCCUUAAUGAGUGAUCAUUUUCCAAAUGCUAAAGAAAAUCAAACCAUACAAUUGAUCUACCGUGGUGGUAUUUUCACAGCCCCCACUAAAAUCUACCACUGUACUCGUCCUCAGGUCUUCAAUUUAACCGAAACCGUUAUGAACAAAGAAGUAUUGGGCACCGUUAAGGUUCACGAUGUUCAAACUGAAGCUUUCCGUUCCGCUAAUGCUACUGGCUUUUCGACUGCACGCGAUGACAGUUCGGAAACUCCCGAUGUGGUACCCAUUGCUGUAGGCAUUGUUGGUAGCUUAAUUAUCAUAGUAUUGGUAUCUUAUCUGUGUGCUCGCCAUCGUUCCACUUCUCGUGGCUACAUGAGCUUCUAAAUACGCUAAGUAGAGUGGAGAGAGAGAGUGCGCAAAAACCUCGCUCUAAAAUAUUUUAAAUUUUAUUACACAUUUUGAAAUUCAAUUAGUAAACUGUUUUAGUUACAAAAUGA